GUCGGUUUAAAGUGUAAAGAAACAGCCGUCUUUAGAGCCACCGCCUUAUCGUAGUGCCAAUGCCGGUUGGAAAUGUUUCAUACUAUCACAGAAGAAAGUAUUCUCCUCAGGCUCCACCGGAUCACCAGUCACGAAUAUUUUUCGGAGAUUAUGCACGCCCCGAUGGUGGCGGUAGUGAACGGAGCCGCUCGAACGGAAGCAUCUCCUCGAUCGCCACAAGCCAUUCGUCGUCGUCUGCGUGCGUCAGUGUGAAUAGCAGUGCAGCCUCAUUGGUCACCGAUGCAGCGAACGCCAACUUGCUGAGCGUGUCGUCGAAGGGUGUCGAAAUCGAAUCGAGUUCCGUGCCAAAAUGUAUCGAUAGUGCCAGUGCCGGUGGUGCUGGUGGUAGCAGUGGCAGUGUCGGUACUGCAUCGGGGUCCAAUUGCUGUGUCCGUGCGUCGGUGGCCGAAGGUGCCAGUGUAGCCGGUUCGCAACAGGUGUCGACGGGUCGGGCGUGUGUCAGUGAAAGUGCCACCACCAGCGGAUACGAGACGCAGCGGGGUACAGCGGUCCGUACCGGUGGAGGUUGCAGUGGUGCUUUCGGUAGUAGUGGUAGCAAUAGUAGUGCAAGUGGCAGUGUAAAUAGCACUAACAUUGGUGGUCCGCAGCGGCGCGGGCAGGUGACGAAUGGUGGGAAUAGUGGUAGUAAUAGUGGUGUCAGCAAUAGCAAGGAUCAACCGCACGGACUGUUGCUACUGUCGCCGGGUAACGUGGUAACGUCUGUCGCAGCAACGAUCCUUACGGGGCAGCUACAACCGGCCAAGUCGUCGUCUCUAGGUGUAGCAGGUGUAUCUUCUGCAAUAACACUGCCACCUGGUGAUAGUUCGAUUUCGGGAGCAAUCAGCACGAACCAGAGUUCUUCUGCAUUUAGUUCUGCUCAGCUUAAUAACAAUGAGGAGCAAAGAGCACAACAUUUACCAGCCUAA